AUGAACCUGCUCAUCGGCGUCAGCGCCAGCAUCGCCGCCAUCAAACUUGGCGAAGUGAAAGAGCGGCUGAAGGAGAGGUGCGCAGAGAGCAACCUGCAAGUGGAAAUCAAAUACGUGGCGACCACCCUGGCCUACAAUGCCUUUUUGAAGCAGCAGGACUUUGGAGAGAAAGUUCUUUUGGAUGGAGACGAGUGGGCUUGGGAGAACAUGGGCGACGCGAUUUUGCAUGUCGAGCUGAGGAAGUGGGCCGACCUGUUCGUCAUCUGUCCGAUGGACGCCAACACCCUGGCGUCCGUGGCCUCGGGGGCCUGCCCCAACCUGCUGACCUGCAUCUGCCGGUGCUGGGACUUUAGCAAGCCCCUGGUGGUCUUCCCCUGCAUGAACACGCACAUGUAUAAGCACCCCAUCACGCGGGAGCAGCUGAAGCGGAUAACCUCCUGGGGCGUGCAGGUGGUGGAGCCCGUGGAGAAGCUCCUCGCCUGCGGAGACUACGGAAUAGGAGCCCUGCCGCCCGUGGAGGACGUCGUUGGAGAGAUCGUCAAGCACGUGAAAAGGCACCACCUGGAGGUGGCGAACAGGGGAAAGCACUCGGCGUAG